AUGGCCAACUCUCCUCAUGGCGGCGUCCUCAAGGACCUUUUUGCUCGCGAUCUGCCUCGCCAGGCCGAGCUGCUGGAGGCGUCGGAGACUCUCCCCGCGCUCGUGCUCUCUGAGCGUCAUCUUUGCGACUUGGAGCUGAUUCUCAAUGGCGGAUUUUCGCCUCUGGAAGGCUUCAUGACUGAAAAGGAUUACAACCGAGUGGUCAAGGAGAACCGCCUCGAAAGCGGCCUGCUCUUCAGCAUGCCCAUCACCCUCGACGUGAACCAGGCCCAGAUCGACGAGCUGUCCAUCAAGCCCGGCGCAAGACUUACUCUGCGCGACUUUCGAGAUGACCGGAAUCUAGCCAUCCUGACGGUCGAGGAUGUGUACAGGCCAGACAAGGUUCAAGAGGCCAAGCUGGUCUUUGGCAGCGACGACGACACGCACCCCGGUGUCAAGCAUCUCUUCAGCGUCGCGCAGGACUUUUACGUCGGUGGAAAGCUCGAGGCCAUCAGCCGCCUUGAGCACUACGAUUUCCUCGACCUGCGCUUCACCCCCGCAGAGCUGCGAUCGCACUUCAACAAGCUCGGCUGGCAAAAGGUCGUGGCUUUCCAGACGCGAAACCCGAUGCAUCGCGCCCACCGUGAGCUGACGGUGCGAGCCGCUCGCUCUCAGCAGGCAAACGUGCUCAUCCACCCGGUCGUUGGCCUGACGAAGCCCGGCGACAUUGACCACUUCACUCGCGUCCGCGUCUACCGCGCUCUGCUGCCGCGAUACCCCAACGGCAUGGCCGCCCUCGCUCUGCUGCCCCUGGCCAUGCGCAUGGGAGGUCCUCGAGAGGCGCUGUGGCACGCCGUGAUCCGCAAGAACCACGGCGCCACUCACUUCAUCGUCGGCCGUGACCACGCCGGUCCCGGCAAGAACAAGAACGGCAAGGACCACUACGGCCCCUACGAUGCGCAGAUCCUCGUGCAGCAGCACCAGGAGGAGCUGGGCAUCAAGAUGGUCGAGUUCCAGGAGAUGAUUUACAUCCCGGACCGUGACGAGUACCUUCCCGCCAACGAGAUUCCCGAGGGCACUCGCACCAUGAACAUUUCGGGCACGGAGCUGCGCAACCGCCUGCGGACCGGAAAGGAGAUUCCCGAGUGGUUCUCGUAUCCCGAGGUCGUCAAGGUGCUGCGCGAGCAGAACCCGCUGCCUCGCGAAAAGGGCUUUACCGUCUUCCUGACGGGCUACCAGAACAGCGGAAAGGACCAGAUUGCGCGCGCUCUGCAGGCCACGCUCAACCAGGGCGGCGGCCGGUCCGUGUCUAUGCUUCUGGGCGAUACGGUCAGAUCCGAGCUGUCGUCGGAGCUGGGCUUCAGCCGCCAGGACCGAAGCCUCAACAUUGGCCGCAUUGCCUUUGUCGCCUCGGAGCUGACCAAGGCCGGCGCCGCCGUGAUUGCGGCCCCCAUCGCCCCGUAUGAGGAUGCCCGCCAGCACGCCCGCGAGCUGGUUGAGAAGUCUGGCCCCUUUUUCCUCGUCCACGUCGCCACGCCGCUGGAGCACUGCGAGAAGACGGACCGCAGGGGCGUCUACCAAAAGGCCCGCGCCGGAGAGAUCAAGGGCUUCACCGGUGUCGACGACCCUUAUGAGACGCCCAAGAAGGCCGACCUGACUGUCGAUCUGACGCAGCAAAACGUCCGCUCGAUUGUGCACCAGAUUAUCCUGCUUCUUGAGAGCAACGGUCUCCUAGACCGACUGUGA